AAGCCAAAGCGGGGGAUUCAUUUCCCGGAGAGAGAGAGAGAGAGAGAGAGAGAGAGAGACGAUGUCGUGGCAAACGUACGUGGACGAUCAUCUGAUGUGCGAGAUCGACGGCAAUCAUCUGAAGGCCGCUGCCAUCAUCGGACACGACGGAAGCGUCUGGGCUCAGAGUGCUUCCUUUCCUCAGUUUAAGCCCGAGCAAAUCACUGGUAUCAUGAACGACUUCAACGAACCAGGAUUCCUUGCCCCUACUGGAUUAUACCUUGGGUCUGAAAAAUAUAUGGUAAUUCAAGGGGACCCUGGAGUAGUAAUUCGCGGAAAGAAGGGAUCGGGCGGCAUCACUAUAACGAAGACUGGCCAAGCUCUAAUCUUUGGUAUUUAUGAAGAACCCGUGACUCCAGGCCAGUGCAACAUGAUUGUUGAGAGGAUGGGAGAUUACCUCACCGACCAGGGCCUGUAGUUUUCGAUUCUCCACAAUUGCAUUCCUCCGUUAUUUUCCUUUGGGCUUGUAUUUUUUCUUUCACAUUUCCAUUUCUGGUUUUCAAUAUUCCUUUCAUAUAUAUGUAUAUCCAUGAAUUGGCACCGGAGUUUGUUUUGCAGAGAAUAACGUCACAAGGACAAAGACGGUCUUUGUUGGUGUCAAGGAUUGUUUGAUCUCAUUCCCAUUUCUUCCCUGCAUUUUGUGCAUUCUUUUUUCUCCUGCUGUUUCCAAAUCUGUUACAAAGUUGAUUUCUUGGAUUUUUAUUAUUAUUGGGCUUUGCAAUAUCAGAUCAGUGGUUAUUUUUGGUUUUU